GUUUCUCAACGCGCCAGAAGUCGGUUCACGAGUUCACAGCCUUACACGAAAACUCACAACCAAAUGCCAUUCAUGUCCCGCCAUCGACACUACAGCUGAGAUGGACCAGCAAAACAUAAGCGAGGUUCUUGCUAAGUUACGUCAACCACCGGUCUUCACUCCAGCGCCGCCGAGGCCUCGGCGACCGCCGGGUCGUCUUAGACUUGAUCGGGAUCCUCAUGCUCCGGUGCAUAGUUCGCAGACAAUUCGAUUCCGCUUUUGGACCCGCUUCAUUCAAGCAACCGCCACGCCUCCCUCGGUGGUGCAGACGCUACUCGGACUGUUCGUCCGCCGGCUCCCGUCUUUUAUACAGACGUGGUUCGAAUCCUGGUUUCCGGAGUGGAAUCUCCCCUUCCAACUCUCCCUUAAGAGGCAGAAAGAAGGCUGGUACGAGGAGUUCGAGAUGGAGAAGGCCGCUUACGUUACACUGCAGCCGUUGCAAGGAGUCUUCGUUCCAAGAUGCUUCGGACAACUCCGCUGCGACAAUACGCGAGCCCUUCUCUUGUCAGACAUUGGCGGUGAAUGUCUAGCCACACCCGCGGGGUCCCUUCUCGAAACCCCAGAACUACGCCGUUUGCUUAGCGAAACUCUGACCGCGCUUGGUCAGUUCAGGAUUCUACAGGACGACGUUAAACUGGACAACUUUCACAUUGUCGGAGACAGGAUCAUGGCCGUCGAUUUUGAGAGACUGCAGAAUCAGGAUAUGCCAGAGGACAAAAUCGCCAUCGACGUCAAGGCCACAACAUAUUGGCUUGCUCGUCUCUACGAGUGGAACCAGUAUUCCUUUUGGGAGGAUGGCUUCAUCAAGGUAGACAGAUGA